AUGGCUCAAGAGCAAGCAAUCUACUCCCACGGACACCACAAGUCCGUGGUACAGGACCAUGCACGCCGAACAGCUGAGGACUCUGCGGCUUUCCUUCUACCACAUAUUCAACCCAAUCACACUAUCCUCGACGUUGGCUGUGGUCCAGGCACCAUCACAGCCGACCUAGCGGCUCUUGUACCGCAAGGCAACGUCAUUGGUGGUGAUGCCGUGGAAUCUGUCCUGGAGCAAGCAAGAGAGUUCGCCUCCUCCAGAGGCUUGACAAACAUCACCUUCCAGAAGAUCGACGGAAAUGCUCUGCCGUUCCCCGACAAUUCUUUCGAUAUUGUGUUUGCCCAUCAAGUGCUGCAACACGUCAAAGACCCCGUCAGAAUCCUAACAGAAAUGCGACGAGUCGCGAAGCCUGGAGGUAUCGUUGCCGCUCGGGACGCAGAUUACAAAUCCUUUGCCUGGUAUCCUGAAACGCCCGAGGUUGCCAGAUGGGCUGAACUCUACCAGAAAGUUGCCAAGACAAAUGGAGGUGAGCCCAAUGCCGGGCGAUAUGUCCAUGUCUGGGCGCGACAAGCUGGCUUCGCGCCUGGCGAAAUCACUGCUACCUGGGCGACCUGGAGGUACAGCGGGGAAAGAGUGAGCCAGUUCGCUCAAAGCUGGUCGGGCAGGAUCCUACAGCCUGGCUUCACAGGAACAGCCGUCAGAGAGGGCUUCGCGACAGAAGAUGAGAUCAAGGGUAUAUCUGAAGCCUGGAAGAUCUGGCCGACUCAUGAAGAUGCAUUCUUUGCUAUCCCACAUGGUGAGAUCUUGUGCCGCAAGACGUAA